GUCCCAGGUUUGCCUGUUCCUAUUGAGAACAUGAUUCUUCGUUAUGUCAAAUCAAAAGCUGAUUGGUGGACAAAUGUUGCUCACUACAACCGUGAACGUAUAAGAAGAGGAGCAACUGUUGACAAGACUGUGUGUCGUAAAAACCUUGGAAGAUUGACUCGCCUUUGGCUGAAGGCUGAACAGGAGCGGCAACAUAACUACUUGAAAGACGGCCCAUAUGUUACUCCAGAAGAAGCAGUAGCUAUUUAUACUACCACUGUGCAUUGGUUGGAGUCCAGGAAGUUUUCUCCUAUCCCAUUCCCUCCAUUGUCAUACAAGCAUGACACGAAGCUACUUAUCCUUGCCCUUGAGAGACUGAAAGAAUCUUACAGUGUGGCUGUGAGGUUAAACCAGCAGCAAAGGGAAGAGUUGGGCCUCAUUGAGCAAGCUUAUGAUAAUCCGCAUGAGGCAUUGUCAAGGAUUAAGCGUCACCUGCUUACUCAGCGUGCCUUCAAAGAAGUUGGCAUCGAGUUCAUGGACUUGUACAGUUACCUGAUUCCUGUUUAUGAGAUCGAACCACUUGAGAAGAUUACUGACGCGUACCUGGAUCAGUACCUAUGGUAUGAAGGUGAUAAGCGCCAUCUCUUCCCAAAUUGGAUUAAGCCUGCCGAUUCAGAGCCACCACCACUAUUAGUGUAUAAAUGGUGUCAAGGCAUAAACAAUUUGCAAGGAGUAUGGGAUACCAGUGAAGGACAGUGUGUGGUGAUGCUGCAGACGAAGUUUGAGAAAUUCUUUGAAAAGAUUGACCUGACCAUGUUGAACAGGCUUCUGCGUUUGGUGCUGGACCACAAUAUUGCUGAUUAUGUUACUGCAAAAAACAACGUUGUGCUGUCUUACAAAGAUAUGAGUCACACAAAUUCUUACGGGCUGAUACGUGGUCUUCAAUUUGCUUCAUUUGUUGUACAGUACUAUGGGCUUGUGUUGGAUCUUUUGCUCCUAGGUUUAACUCGAGCUAGUGAAAUUGCUGGUCCACCACAGAUGCCUAAUGAAUUCAUAACCUUUAGUGAUACUAGAGUGGAAACGAGGCAUCCUAUCCGGUUGUACUCUCGCUACAUUGACAAGGUGCAUAUAUUAUUUCGCUUCACUCAUGAAGAGGCUCGGGACCUUAUCCAAAGAUAUCUUACUGAGCAUCCUGAUCCCAACAAUGAAAACAUGGUUGGUUAUAACAACAAGAAAUGCUGGCCAAGGGAUGCAAGAAUGAGGCUCAUGAAGCAUGAUGUUAAUCUUGGGAGAAGUGUCUUCUGGGACAUGAAGAAUCGGCUGCCUAGGAGUAUUACUACAUUGGAGUGGGAAAACAGCUUUGUCUCUGUUUAUAGCAAAGAUAACCCAAACUUGCUCUUCAGCAUGUGUGGAUUUGAAGUUCGGAUACUGCCUAAGAUAAGAAUGACCCAAGAGGCAUUCAGCAAUACAAGAGAUGGAGUCUGGAAUCUACAAAAUGAGCAGACUAAGGAACGCACAGCUGUUGCCUUCUUGCGUGUAGAUGACGAGCACAUGAAGGUGUUUGAGAAUCGUGUUAGGCAGAUCCUCAUGUCCUCUGGUUCUACAACAUUCACAAAGAUUGUUAACAAAUGGAACACUGCUCUUAUUGGCCUCAUGACAUAUUUCCGUGAAGCAACAGUACAUACCCAAGAAUUACUGGACCUGCUGGUCAAAUGUGAAAACAAGAUACAAACUCGUAUUAAGAUUGGUUUGAACUCUAAAAUGCCCAGUAGGUUUCCUCCUGUUAUUUUCUACACGCCAAAGGAAAUUGGAGGGCUGGGAAUGUUGUCAAUGGGUCACAUAUUGAUCCCGCAGAGUGAUCUUAGGUAUAGUCAGCAAACAGAUGUUGGUGUGACACAUUUCAGAAGUGGAAUGAGCCAUGAAGAGGACCAAUUGAUUCCAAAUCUGUAUCGAUACAUACAGCCGUGGGAGAGUGAGUUCAUUGACUCUCAGAGAGUUUGGGCCGAGUAUGCUUUGAAAAGGCAGGAAGCCCAGGCACAGAAUAGGCGUUUGACUCUUGAAGAUCUGGAAGAUUCAUGGGAUCGUGGAAUUCCUCGAAUCAAUACAUUGUUCCAGAAGGAUCGCCACACCCUUGCAUAUGACAAAGGAUGGAGAGUGAGAACAGACUUUAAACAGUACCAAGUUCUUAAGCAGAAUCCAUUUUGGUGGACACACCAGAGGCAUGAUGGAAAGCUAUGGAACCUGAAUAACUAUCGUACUGAUGUGAUUCAAGCUCUUGGAGGAGUUGAAGGAAUUCUUGAGCAUACAUUAUUCAAAGGAACAUAUUUCCCUACUUGGGAGGGUCUUUUCUGGGAGAAAGCUUCAGGUUUUGAGGAAUCUAUGAAGUACAAGAAACUGACUAAUGCUCAACGAUCUGGGCUUAAUCAAAUCCCUAAUCGUAGGUUUACUCUGUGGUGGUCGCCAACAAUAAAUAGGGCCAAUGUCUAUGUUGGUUUCCAAGUACAGCUGGACCUGACUGGGAUAUUUAUGCAUGGAAAGAUUCCAACUCUGAAGAUAUCUUUGAUACAGAUCUUCCGUGCACAUUUGUGGCAGAAGAUCCAUGAGAGUGUUGUCAUGGAUCUUUGCCAAGUUUUGGAUCAAGAGUUGGAUGCGUUGGAAAUUGAGACUGUACAGAAGGAAACAAUUCAUCCAAGAAAGAGUUACAAAAUGAAUAGCUCGUGUGCUGACAUCCUCCUUUUUGCUGCACAUAGAUGGCCAAUGUCAAAACCUAGUCUUGUGGCCGAAUCGAAGGAUGUGUUUGACCAGAAGGCUAGUAACAAAUACUGGAUAGAUGUGCAGCUUCGAUGGGGUGACUAUGAUUCUCAUGAUAUUGAGCGUUAUACACGAGCAAAGUUCAUGGAUUACACAACGGACAACAUGUCUAUUUAUCCAUCUCCUACUGGUGUAAUGAUUGGACUUGACCUUGCUUACAAUUUGCAUUCCGCCUUUGGUAACUGGUUCCCUGGUUCAAAACCAUUGCUUGCCCAAGCCAUGAACAAGAUUAUGAAGUCAAAUCCUGCACUCUAUGUUCUGAGGGAACGCAUAAGGAAAGGGUUGCAAUUGUAUUCUUCAGAGCCCACAGAACCAUACUUAUCAUCUCAGAAUUAUGGAGAGAUUUUCAGCAAUCAAAUUAUAUGGUUUGUUGAUGACACAAAUGUGUACCGAGUGACCAUCCACAAGACCUUCGAGGGAAAUCUGACGACAAAGCCCAUAAAUGGUGCAAUUUUCAUUUUCAAUCCUAGGACAGGACAACUAUUUUUGAAGGUCAUUCACACAAGUGUGUGGGCAGGGCAAAAGCGUCUUGGCCAGCUGGCCAAGUGGAAAACAGCCGAAGAAGUGGCUGCACUUGUAAGGUCUUUGCCAGUUGAAGAACAACCUAAGCAAAUUAUUGUGACUAGGAAAGGAAUGCUUGAUCCUCUGGAGGUCCACUUGCUUGAUUUUCCGAAUAUUGUUAUCAAAGGAAGUGAGCUGCAGUUACCAUUCCAGGCCUGUUUGAAGAUAGAGAAAUUCGGUGAUCUUAUACUGAAGGCUACGGAGCCACAAAUGGUUCUGUUUAACAUAUAUGAUGAUUGGUUGAAGAGCAUCUCGUCCUAUACAGCAUUCUCCAGGCUCAUCCUCAUCCUGCGUGCACUUCAUGUGAACAAUGAAAAGGCUAAGAUGCUACUCAAGCCUGACAAGUCGGUCGUUACUGAGCCUCACCACAUCUGGCCUUCACUUACAGAUGACCAGUGGAUGAAGGUCGAAGUAGCGCUUAGAGAUCUCAUUCUCUCAGACUAUGCAAAAAAGAACAAUGUCAACACAUCAGCAUUGACGCAGUCUGAGAUCCGUGAUAUUAUACUUGGAGCUGAGAUUACUCCUCCAUCCCAGCAGCGACAACAGAUAGCUGAGAUUGAGAAACAGGCCAAGGAAGCAAGUCAACUGACAGCGGUUACCACAAAGACCACUAAUGUCCAUGGUGAUGAGUUGAUUGUUACUACUACAAGUCCCUAUGAGCAAGCUGCCUUUGGCUCUAAAACAGAUUGGCGUGUGAGAGCAAUUUCUGCAACAAAUCUCUAUCUCCGCGUGAACCACAUAUACGUAAAUUCAGAGGACAUAAAGGAGACUGGAUAUACGUACAUCAUGCCAAAGAAUAUUCUGAAGAAAUUCAUUUGCAUUGCUGAUCUGCGGACACAAAUUGCUGGUUACUUAUAUGGUGUAAGUCCACCAGAUAAUCCUCAGGUGAAGGAAAUCCGGUGUAUUGCAAUGCCUCCACAGUGGGGGACACAUCAGCAGGUGCAUCUACCUUCCGGUCUUCCGGAGCAUGAUUUUCUCAAUGACUUGGAGCCUUUGGGAUGGAUGCACACACAACCAAAUGAACUUCCUCAGUUGUCUCCACAGGAUGUUACUUCACAUGCUCGGAUCCUGGAGAACAACAAACACUGGGAUGGAGAGAAGUGUAUUAUAUUGACAUGCAGUUUCACACCAGGGUCUUGUUCGUUAACUGCAUAUAAGCUGACGCCAACUGGGUAUGAAUGGGGACGUGCUAACAAAGAUACAGGAAGCAACCCUCAUGGUUACCUGCCGACUCAUUACGAGAAGGUCCAGAUGCUGUUGAGUGACCGAUUCCUUGGCUUUUACAUGAUACCUGAUAAUGGUCCAUGGAAUUACAACUUCAUGGGAGUGAAGCACACUGUUAGCAUGAAGUACGGGGUGAAGUUAGGUACACCUCGGGAGUACUACAAUGAGGAUCACCGACCAACACAUUUCCUGGAAUUCAGCUAUAUGGAGGAAGGUGACACUGCUGAGGCAGAUCGGGAAGAUACAUUUACAUAAUACAUUGCCAUUCAAAUAUAUGUUGGUAAGAUUACCCUCAGGUCUUUGGUAAGUCUGAAUCAAGUGGCGACUUUGUUGUGGUAUGUCUCAGCUAUAGUCCAUAGUGUAGUGGCUGAUGAUAUUAGAUGGAACCUACAAGUUGUAAAUAUAUGAAUGAAUUUGUAGCUUGAUACCAGUGUAUGCUUUUUAUCGAAGGGCGGGACGGAUGUGGCGGCUCGGCUUUGUGGUUUAGGAUUUAGCUCGCACCUUUUAGAUGCGGCAAAACAGAUGUUUGUACACUUAGAGAAAGCAAAUCUUGUUUUUGGUGUUUUGAUUUAUUCCUUAAUCCUGUUGCCGUAGGAGCCUUCUAUGCCGAGAGCAAUGCAACUGAACAGUGUAAGGUUUAGAAUGUUAAUGAAUUAAACGCUAGUAAUGUCUUUAUUCA